CGCCAAACUUAUAGAACUGAUUCAUCCCCGCAUGAUCUUGGAAACCCUUGAGAAAACAAGAGAAAAAGGGCCAUACAGGCCAUACAGGGACAGCCACAGACACCAAAAAGCAGGCUCCAACAUUCCAUUCCGGUCCCGCCGCAACAAGCGUGACGACUGACCUCAUUGAUCGCCCUCAAUCCCCCAUCCCCACUGCCAAGCAAUCGGUUUCCGGUGUCAGUUGAUAAUAAUAGCCCCAGCCUGUGGGUGGCUUUGUGGCUUGUGAAUUUCCCUCCCCUCCUCCAUACUCUGCAUCCUCCCCUUGACUGAAGAGAGCUCAGUGUCAAUCAUGUCCGACACGGCCCUUCCUGAACCAACUGCGCUCCCUGCGCUAUCCGAUGCGCCUCCAUCGAGUGCCGGUCGCUCCUCCGGCACGGCGGCAGUCGACCUGUCGCAUCCGCCACAGGCAGCCAUCUCCGAUGAGCUCAAAGCGCGUCUGGACAAAGUGAUAUACUCCGAGAUCGGUAUCACCACUCUCCUAGCUCGAUUGAAGCAGAGCGUGGCCUCUGCCAGGGAUUUCUCAUCCUUCUUGAAGAAACGAGGCUCCCUUGAAGAGGAGCAUGCUCAGGGGUUGCGGAAGCUGUCUCGCGCCGUUAAUGACGCCGCGCAACGCACCGAGAACCGACAGGGCACUUACAGCUCCAGCUAUAAAGAUAUCCACCACUUGCAAGAGCGCAUGGCCGACCAUGGCCUGCAAUUUUCCGUCUCUCUCCAGCAGAUGGCCGACGACCUGCACGAGCUAUCGACCAAUAUUGAACGUGGUCGCAAGCAGUGGAAGCAGACUGGAUUGGCUGCGGAGAAAAAGGUCAUUGAUGCCGAAGCUCAGGCUGAAAAGGCAAAGGCCAAAUACGAGUCAUUGGCAGAGCAGUAUGAUCGCGUUCGGACGGGUGAUAAGACAGGCGGAAAGUUUGGCUUGAAGGGUCACAAGUCGGCGGCUCAGCAUGAAGAGGAUCUAUUGCGCAAGGUCCAAAAUGCUGAUAGUGACUAUGCUGCCAAGGUCACGGCGGCCCAGGCGGCGCGCCAGGAAUUGGUGUCUACACACCGGCCACAGGCAGUGCAUAACCUCCAGCAGUUAAUUGCUGAGUGUGACUCGGGGUUGACCCUGCAACAGCAAAAGUUUGCUACCUUCAGCGAGAAGCUGCUGCUUGGCCAGGGUCUCUGUGUCAGCCCCAUGAAGACGGAGAAUGGAGCGAUUGUCCCUAAGAGUUUGGCCGAGGUAGUGCGUCAGGUCGACAACCAGAAGGACUUCCAUGACUUUAUUCUCAGCCACGAGGGGAGUCCGGGUGCCAUCAGUGGGCCAGAGGUCAAGUAUGAGCGCCAUCCAACCCUAGGCGCUGGCGCAGCCGCAGUACCAGCCGCAGCAACCCCGUCUCAGAGCAGCACCCAAGCCAAACGACAAUCUACUCUGCCCCAAACCUUUUCUCAACACAACGUCGCUUCUCCAUCUCCUCAACCCGCCCCGAGUAGCACAGAUCGCUUCCAGCCACUUCCCUACCCUACACAGGGGGAGCCUAUCUCGGCACUUCCCUCACAGCCUCCAUAUCCUGUCUCUGGACCACCUGCUCACGAACCCGCCCUUGCACCUGUUCACCCGCCAGCGCCAAUGAAGGGUGGCUCUGCUCCGCUGAUGGCCGGUCCACCUCCAAUGGACCGGGCUACUCUGCAGGCCAGCCUGCCACCGCUGAAGCCGGUGUUUGGCGUUUCCUUGAAUGACCUGUACACUCGCGAUGGCACCGCGGUUCCCUUCAUCGUCUACCAGUGCUUCCAGGCCGUGGAGCUGUUUGGUCUCGAGACUGAGGGUAUCUACCGACUCUCCGGCAGCGCUAAUCACAUCAACCAUAUGAAGGCGGUCUUUGAUAACGAUGCCUCCAAGGUUGACUUCACCAGCCCGGAGGAUUUCUACCACGAUGUCAAUAGUGUUGCAGGCCUGGUCAAGCAGUUCUUCCGGGACUUGCCUGAGCCGCUGUUCACCUCGCAGUUUUACAAUCAGUUCAUUGAUGCUGCUCGUAUUGAGGAUGAUACUCAGCGCCGUGACUCGUGCCACGCUCUCAUCAACAGCCUUCCGGACGCCCACUACGCUACUCUGCGGGCUGUCAUCCUGCACCUGAACAAGGUCCAGGAGCACUACACCUCGAACCGCAUGAACGCCGGUAACCUGGCCAUCUGCUUCGGACCGACUCUGAUGGGCGCUAACUCGGGCGGCAACAUCGCCGAUGCUGGCUGGCAAGUCCGCGUGAUUGAGACCAUUCUCAACAACACCUUCCAGAUCUUCGAUGAUGACUGAGUGAUUCGCCUCAUGUCCAUCGAAUUGUCAUACGAACCUUUCCUCGCGGUCAUCGGUCUCUACUCGCGCUGUGAUACGCUCAAGAGCGAAUUCGAGUUCACACCCUUUCCUUGUCUCUUGUUUCAGGAUCCCUGGUCGUCAUACUCGAUCUUCUUCCCUAUUUGAUUCCCAAUCAUGUUUUGUUCGACUCAUCCGCACUUUUUCCACUUCCUUUAUUAUUCUGCUUCUCUUCUCCCGGAAUAGCCUCUGUCGUCCAUUCUGUGCGUAUGCCGGAUUGAGCUCAACUUUGUUCUACACACGCUAUCACCUUGCUUUCUUUCCCCUGUACAUAUCCACCGGUGUCUUCCUACGUCCGUAGGACUUGCUUAGUGUCUUUCAUCAACUCGAAUCCAUGAUGACCCUUCCUUCUUACUGUCGCUCG